GAGAUUCAAUAAAGCCAGAGCAGCAUUACUCACCUAUCAAUUUGACCUCCUAUUUCGCAUUACGGCCGAAGAUACCAAAAAAUUUUCAAUGGAAGAAUAUGCCAACACAUUGGUUAUAGUGAAAGUUCUCGACUCAAGGGCAGUUAUAGAUGGAUUCGCACCUAACAGAUUGAACCAGGAGUCACUAACGUUUCACACCUUGACAACCGAUCAAAGUUUCUUGUUUAAUUUCCAAAAUGGCGAAAAGCUUGAUAAUUAG